AUGAUGAUCCAGUUUAGGGACCUUGAUGUGCCCACCUGCAUCCGACUGGCCGAGCUCCUGGCUCACCUGCAGGGGAAAGGUGAAGAGGCCUGCCGGGAGUUCUACCGGGCGCUUCACCUGCAUGUGGAAGAGGUGUACUUCAGCCUACCCACGCGUCUCCGCCUCAGAGAUUCUAUAGACCCGUUCACGACUGCAGCCUCACCCACUCAGCAGAGAAAUGUGCUAAACGACAGAGGUCAUAUGUUCUUCCUGAGUUGUUUCAGUGUUGCAGUUGGGGUGGCUCUACUACAUUACUAUGGCGAGGCCAAAGUAACAAGGGGCAGCAGGGCUCUUGGCAUGGCUGCUCUUGGAUUGGGUCGACGAGCCCGAGAGGUUCUCAUAUGGUACACUGAAGAACCCAUCAGGAAGUAG